AUGGGUGGUUACCUGGGCCGGGCUUGCCCUCACCGUCGGUCCCUGACUGUGCCCACUGGGGACCUCCAGAAGAGGCCCUCGCCUCCGGUCCAUGGUGUCUCCCGGUCUCUCCGGGUUAAUUCCAUGGAAGGGUGCCUGAACAUGGCUUUAGCCAAUUCCCAGGAGCACCCUGGACGCGUAGUGGUUGUCCACACGCAGCGAUAUUCAGUGGAGAAGGCUCGGAACUUACUCGUCGGAGUCUUUUCUUCAAUGUUCUUGAUUGGCCAACACAACUCAGUGCCAACACUAUCGGGUUCCAGGAUGUCCCGAAGCUCAAUGAUCCUGAAGGUGGUCUCUACUAAGGGCAGAGCCACGCUCCGGUUUGUUCUGGGUCAGCCGGUCCUGAUUAUAUGGUCUUUCCUCACUGGCUACUUCUCAACUCAAUCUAGGAAGGAGACACAGAUUAGUGCUCUCCAAGAGACCCGCAAAAGCAAAAGCAAAAGAAUGCGAGCAAAGAAAAACGAAGAUCCCACUACCUCGGGAAAAGGAGGAGAAGGAUUUGCCAAGCAGGAGGAAGGCUCCGCAGUCAUCAAGAGACCUUCUGAUCAGGGAAAGGACUCUGAUGGCGGUGUGAGUGUCCCAUCUGCAUUUAGACGUCUGAUUGUCAAUGGGGUACUCUCUUCUUUUGUACCCAGGCCGGGUCCUUUGGGUAUGGAUAUCUGUUCCAAGAACUCAACAAAGAGCUGUAAUAAAGAAUCCCACAUCACCUUCAAGAGCUCAUACAAACGAAAUGCCAUUGCCAGCUCCUACAGUUCCUCUCUAGCACAGUGGCCCCCAGAGAGAAUUCGUGAACGCACUACCAGAGGUGCUGGCCCUGGUGCUAUACCAGGGGCUGCUCUAGGCACUGCUGCAGGCGCUAACCAAGGUGCCACCCUAGAUGAUGCUGCACAUGCCACCCGAGGUGCUGCCCGAGAUGCUGCUGCAGGUGCUACCCCAAGCGCGGCUUCUAAUGCUUCCGCAGAUGCUGCUUCAGAGGCCGCUACAGAUGCUGCCCCAGGUGCUGUUCCAGAUGCUGCUUCAGGGGCUGCAGGAGAUGCUGCCUCAGGUGCUACCCCAGGCGCUGCUUCUGGUGCCACAGCAGAAGCUGCUUCAGGGACUGCCACAGAUACUGCCUCAGGUGCUGCACCAUGCGCUCUGCCACUCCCCAGUCCAGACUCACCCCAGUUGAAGGAGGCUGCAAAUAAAGGUGAUGAGAAAGACAGUGCAUCUUCAGAGGAGAUGUCCCAUUGA